AUGAAUGUGCAAGAAAUGCUUCAUCCUGCCAACAAAUCUGCAAAAACACCAAUGGCAGCUUUAGCUGCAGCUGCGAAUCUGGCUACACAAUCAACAGCACCAAUGCAUUCCUUUGUGAUGACAUUGAUGAAUGUGCAACAAAUGCAUCAUCCUGCCAACAAAUCUGCAACAACACCAUUGGCAGCUAUAGCUGCAGCUGCGAAUCUGGCUACACAAUCAACAGCACCAAUGCACUCCUUUGUGAUGACAUCGACGAAUGUGCAACAAAUACAUCAUUCUGCCAACAAAUCUGCAACAACACCAUUGGCAGCUACAGCUGCAGCUGCGAUUCUGGCUACACAAUCAACAGUAUCAAUGCAUUCCUUUGCAAUGACAUUGAUGAAUGUGCAAGAAAUGCUUCAUCCUGCCAACAAAUCUGCAAAAACACCAAUGGCAGCUUUAGCUGCAGCUGCGAAUCAGGCUACACAAUCAACAGCACCAAUGCAUUCCUUUGUGAUGACAUUGAUGAAUGUGCAACAAAUGCAUCAUCCUGCCAACAAAUCUGCAACAACACCAUUGGCAGCUAUAGCUGCAGCUGCGAAUCUGGCUACACAAUCAACAGCACCAAUGCACUCCUUUGUGAUGACAUCGACGAAUGUGCAACAAAUACAUCAUUCUGCCAACAAAUCUGCAACAACACCAUUGGCAGCUACAGCUGCAGCUGCGAUUCUGGCUACACAAUCAACAGUAUCAAUGCAUUCCUUUGCAAUGACAUUGAUGAAUGUGCAAGAAAUGCUUCAUCCUGCCAACAAAUCUGCAAAAACACCAAUGGCAGCUUUAGCUGCAGCUGUGAAUCUGGCUUCAUAA